AUGGCACUGGAGUUCGAUGGAAUCACGCAACCCGAUUGGAAAGAAAUCGUGAACAAGAAGUUGAAGUUCCCGGAAGGCCUCCUCAACGCCAUCCAAGACGGGCAGCUGAUGAAGGUCCAGCAGCUGCUGCAGGUGAGCGACGGGAUCCUGAGGCAGCUGGAUGAGGCCGAGGACCGGGCGUGGCGAGAGGCUCUCAACCUGGCCAUCCGCACGGGCGGCGAGGAGAUCACCAAGACGCUGCUGCGCAUUGUCAAGUUUGACUUCCGCCAGAUCCACGAGGCCUUGCUGGUUGCCGUGGAUACCAACCAGCCCACCGUGGUCAAGCUGCUGCUGGACCGCCUGGACCAGGAGAAAGGCCGCAAGAUGGACAUCAAGUCCUUCUCCUCGGCCUUGUUUGACAACUCCAUCGACAACUCCCGCUUCGCCCCGGGCGUGACGCCCCUCACCUUGGCUUGCGAGAAGGACCUCUACGAAAUCGUGGACAUGCUGAUGAAGAAGGGCCACGCCAUCCCGGGGCCGCACAAGGUCUCGUGUUCCUGCCUGGAGUGCUCCAACGGCCGCAAGUUUGACCUGCUCAAGUUCUCGCUUUCUCGCAUCAACACUUACAAGGGCAUCGCCAGCCGGGCGCACCUCUCCAUCGCCAGCGAAGACGCCAUGUUGACGGCCUUCAAGCUCAGCCGAGAGCUCAAGAGCCUCUCCAAGAAGGAGCCCGAAUUCAAGCCCGAGUACCUGGCCCUGGAGCAGCUGUGCCAGGAGUUUGCCUUUGAGCUGCUGGGAAUGUGCCGCAACCAGAGCGAGGUGACGGCCAUCUUGAAUGACGUGGCAGAUUCCUCGAAUGACGAGGAAGAGGAGGACUUCAAUGACCAGGCCUUCGAGGAGGGCAUCCCCAACUUGGCGAGGCUUCGCCUGGCUGUCAACUACAACCAGAAGCAGUUUGUCGCCCACCCCAUCUGCCAGCAAGUGCUGUCGUCCAUCUGGUGCGGGAGCCUGCAGAGCUGGAGGGGCAGCACCAAUCUCUGGAAGGUCUUCAUCUCCAGCUCCAUCUUCAUGGGGAUGCCUUUCCUGUGCCUCCUCUACUACGUGGCCCCCAGAUCCAAGCCUGCCAAAAUGCUGAAGAUCCCCGUGAUCAAGUUCCUUCUGCAUUCGGCCUCGUAUGUCUGGUUCCUGGUCUUCCUGCUGGCAGAGUCGCUGGUGCUGGAGUACAACAACGAGACCUUUUCGGGGCGGAACCAGGACUUCUGGGAGACAUCGCUGCACAUGAUAUGGGUGGCAGGUUUCUUCUGGUUUGAGUGCAAAGAGGUUUGGAUCGAGGGCUUCCGCAGCUACCUCUUGGACUGGUGGAACUUCCUGGACAUCGUCAUGCUCAGCAUGUACCUGGCCUCCUUUGUCCUCAGGCUCCUGAUAUUCUUCCAGGGCCGUGUUUUCUGUCUGGAUAACAAGGAGUCUGCAGAAUGCCGUUACUACACAAAAGCAGGAGUUGGCAACACCGAAGACCCCCAGUUCAUGGCCGAGGUGCUCUUUGCAGUGACCAGCAUGCUGAGCUUCACCCGUUGCUUACAUCUUGCCUGCCCACGAACUUGGGGACCCUGCAGAAUCUCCAUUGGGCAAGAUGAAUCGACGACAUGA